AUGGAAGAGCUAGCUAAACACGGCACAAUGUUGCCGGAGGACAUGAUGGGAUUGACAGAUGAACAGAUUGUGGAAUUGAAGCUCAAAGAUGAAUGGGGGGAAAAAUGUGUUCCCAUGGGUGGAUGGACAUUCAAUAAAGAUGAAAUUGGGCGCAGAAAUGGUCGUCAACCUAAUGAGAAAAUGAGCGAAGUUCUAAAGAAAGCAGUAGAAGACACCCGUGCUAUGAUUUCUAAGAAAUUGGUGCAGCAGGAGAAGUUCGUGACUCUGGCUAUCGUCCAAGAAGCUCUCAACAUCCUCCGAGGAGCGACAAUGAUCGUGUACCCCAUGGGAUUACCCCCUCACGAAGUCAUUCGUCGAGAGUUUACAAAUACUGAAGACUUAACAGGAACGCAGGCAUCUCUAGAGAUCAUAGACAUCCAGUUGGCGGAGCUCUGGUUCUCUGGCAAGCAGAUGCUACCAGGUAAAAAGAUAAAAGACUUCUUGGGCCCAAAUGAGAAGACAAAGAUCAUUGUUAAGCUCCAGAAAAGGGGAUCAGGCCCUCCAGGUCGGGAGCCUUUGAUGUCGGAAGAUGAUCAGAAGCAGCUGAUGCUCAGGGCUUAUCGACGCGAACAGGAGUUGAAGGUAAGGGGAAUCCCCGUCGCUCAUUAUCGGUUAGUAAAAUAG